CGGAAGUAGAUAGAGUGAUAGUCGGUCUCCGUUGAUCAACUGCACCUUACAAGCCACAUUCAGGGGCGCUGCAGUUGCCAGAGGUUCAGGGAUUUCUUCAGCUCUCCACCUUUUGCUUUAGGACAGGCUUCCAGCCAUGUCGGCUGUGGUGGAUCUAAAGACAAAGGAGGAGAAAGACGCAGAGCUGGACAAAAGAAUCGAAGCUCUGCGGAAAAAGAAUGAGGCUUUGGUCAAGAGAUAUCAGGAAAUACAGGAAGAUAAGAAAAAGGCUGAACAGGAGGGCAUCGCUGUGACAACAACUCGCAAAUCUCGACCUCACGAGCCUGAGACUGAACGGAGAAAGACGGAAAAGGAGAACUUCACAGUGACAGUUGACUUGUCCAAACCAGCUGCGGAGAAGCGUGUAGUGAAUGACAGGAAACCACCUGGUCAUCGUGGUGACCAGGCCCCAGAGGAAGAGGAGUCUGGUCGUCCUCAUGGUGAGAGUCCCCCUCACAGAACUGGAUCGGGCCGGCUGAACAGAGGUGGCCACCGUGGAGGAAGAAGAGAGCCUCGUUCAAACAAAGCUGAACCAUGGUCAGAAAGGCAACCUCAGGAUGGUGAAGGUGGAGAGGGUCCAGCUCGUACUGAACGCCCCUCUAGAGGAGGGCGGAGAGGCGGAAGAGGCGGAGGCGGAGGCGGAGGCGGAGGCGGAGGCGGAGGCGGAGGCGGAGGCGGAGGCGGAGGCGGAGGCGGAGGCGGAGUAACACAAGGAGGAUCAGGAUUGGACAGAAAAUCCAAGGAGUGGGAGGAAAAAAGGAGACAGAACAUAGAGAAGAUGAAUGAAGAGAUGGAAAAGAUUGCUGAAUAUGAGAGAGGUCAAAGGGCUGAUGGAGAGAAGAACCCCAUCAGGAACUUCCUUGAUGACCCACGGCGUACUGGGCCGAUACCAGAAGCUGACCGCAAGGAGGGAAGUCGACGACACGUGCGCAAUUGGGGUGGAAUUGACUUUGAUAAUGUGAAGACUAGUACAGAGGCUGAUAAAGAAUGGACGAACCGUAGGCCAGGAGGUAAAGGCUCAGUGGAUAUGACUCUGUCCAUGACAGGUCGAGAAAGAGCCGAGUACCUCCGGUGGAAAAAGGAGCGAGAGCAGAUUGAUGAAGAACGACUAGCACGUCACCGUAAUGCCACUGGCCAGUGGAGACGAGAGUGGGAUGCCCAAAAAACAGAUACAAUGUUCAAGGAGGAUCCAGCUGUGGCUGGAGAGGGCACACAAGAACCAAGCAACAGGAGAGCAGCUAGGGGGCGCAAUGCCCAUGUACAGCAACGCAGUGGACCUUCAGAAGAUAGCAAGAGGCCUCCCAAGGCACCAACCUUCGGGGACUUCUUGGGACAGGGCAAACCCAGACAGGGAGGCCGUGGUCGUGGGAGGGGUCGCGGUCAAGGCAAAAGUUACAGCAUGCAUGAUAACCGGUGGGAAGGAGAAAAUGAAGAAGAGAAGGGAAGAAAGGAGGAGCAAGAAAAGGAGAAGGAUGAAGAGAAGGUCAAAGAAAAGGACAACACAAACAAGGAUGGCACCCCCAAGGCUCCAGUGUCAGACAAGAAGACUGAUGAAGGAGGCCUUGCUGAAGAGGAUGAUGAUGAGUGGGAGGAUGCCAGCGAUGGUGAAGAGGAAAUUGUGGAAGAGGAUGAAAAAGCAGAUCGCAAGGAAGACUCAAAAGAUGCUAAACCAACAGAAAAGACCCCUACCUCUCCAGCACCCUCUACUCCCAGUCCAAAAGAACAACGUACCCCAAGACCCAAAGUCCACAUCCCUUCCCCACAGGAGACACUCAGUACACCGGAGGGACCUAAACCCCUCAGCCCUUUCUCCCCACUGGAUGGCCACCAGCCAGUGACAGACUGGGGUGAAGAAAUGGAGAUGCUUUCUCCUAAGAGCAGUCUGGGCGAGAGCCCACUGAGGCCAAGCAGCAAUGAAAGCAGUCCAGCUCAACCCAAGAGUAACCCAGCUGAACAUAACACGACAACCACCCCCAGCCAACCAGAAGAGCUAGAAAGUAAAGAAAAUACAUCUACAGUGGUCGAGUCAGCUUCCUGUGAAACGCCAAAGGAGCCGGUACCAGCUGAAUCUGCCGACACAACCACCUCGAGCAGCCAUGACACAGCAGAUCCCGUAGUGCCGCCCAUUCCAGACAGCGCCAACCAGAGCAAGGAUAGCGACGCGCCCACUAUAGAGCCGGAUCAGAGUCCGCCUGAAAUGAAGGUUGGGGAAGAAACAGCAGAGGAUUCUUCAGAUCAACCGUCCUCAGGCUGAGGACUAAAUGCAGUGAACUCGGUGCUUCACAAACUGGAACAGGAGGUAAGCGGAGGAGAAAGAAGACAUCAGGUGUAAUGGACGACUGUUGACUGUAAAUUUAAGGGGUCGAGGGCACAUCUUUGGAUCCCUGUCAACGCUUCAUCCAAACAACUCGCUGUAUUGUUUAAUUAUUCCUCAUUGGUUGGGACUCUGCUGUUGUCGAGCUAAGCUGCUGCUCUUUUCUCACGUUUACCCUGGGAUUAAUCUGUAAAGCAUGUUAUACUUAAACCGUAAAAAUAUGUUUUUAUGACGGCGCGGCGGAAGUGCCUGUUCCCAAAGUUGUUUGAAAUCACCGUAGACCAUAAGGACACAAUAUGUUUGGCAAAACAGCACUCGGAUAUGAUAUCUGAGCUCAAAUUUAGCUUUGAAGGUUGAGGAACAUAUUAAGAUGUAUUUAUUGCUAAGAGCUGCAUGCUUUGCUUUACUUUGUAAGCUAGGGCAUUACAAGAUUUUUUUUUUUUUUUUUUUUUUUUUUUUUUUAAAUCAGGGCUACUUUUGAAAACUAUGAUUUUUUUUUAAAUGUUAUAUUCAUGAAGAUCUGUGGAUUUUAAGUUUGCUAAACAAUUGGUGCCCUAGACAUUGUGCUCACUGACCAAAGAUGAAAUCAUGGUAAGUUCUAAAGAGUUUGAAUGAGGAAAACUAAACAAUUGGGGCACAGCGGAGAUUGUGUACCUCAUUGCUAGCAAAUCUAAUAGUUUUAUUGACCAUUUUUUAAUGUUUCUUUCAUUUUUUAGGUGUAUUUGUGUGUUAUUGAAUUUGAAUGAAUUGAGCAGGAGCUUGAAAACUUGCAAUAUGUACUUGUCUUUUAGACUGACAGACAUUCCAGUGCUUCGUGUGAGUGCUUGUUUCUCUCUUCACAUGCAUUGUAUAUCCCUGUUUUUCAAAUGAGCUCGCCGAGCAGAAAGAAUCAUGACAUUUGUGAUUGUAUCGUACCUGCUGCAUCUCCCUGCAGAUGAAAUGUCUUCCUGUUUGGGUAGAAAAUUUAUAUAUAAUUUGGUUUGCCUCUUGUGGGAGGUUUGGUUUGGCUUUUCAGAAGUGCACGUAGCAUGAUAUUGAAGUGUUUGUAGGAUUUUCCUCCAAAGUCUUCUUCUAAGACUACAUGCAAUUCUUUUUCUUUUUUUAAGCUUACUGGAGAUAUUUUUUGGUUGCUUUUAUCACUGUAUUAUGAUGUGUGAACAGUAAGCAAGCAGUACAAAUGUUUCUGUACUUUGUAAGCUGUCAUAUCAAAUAAAUGACAUCUUUGCCUUAUGUAUUACUUUAUUUGUGGCUCAAAAUGUUGUUUUCUGUGAGACCAGGGUAAUUGUGCACUUUUUGUCUUCUAAUAAGUUUGUUUUUAAUGUUACUGGUAUAUUGGAUUCUGAAUUCUGAAUCUUUUUUGAAAAUAAAUAAAUGUGUUAGCACUGAGCAUUUA